CAGGACCGGAAGCUCAGGCGACACGUUUCCGCUCUGAGCAGCUGUUUGCACAUUGAAGAUUUUUCUUUUUCUUCCCAAUUUAGUUAACGUUACAAGCUUCUUCUUUCACCAAAAGAUCAGAGAGGAGGACGCCACUGUUUCACUAAUGCAAUUUAAAAGGUGACAUCUUGCUUGUUCGAGCCCAUAACCUGAACCAUGGGGAAGAGAUACUACUGUGACUACUGUGACCGGUCCUUUCAGGACAACAUGCAUAACAGGAAAAAACAUCUGAAUGGUGUUCAGCACCACAGGGCUAAAAAGGCCUGGUAUGACUAUUUUAGAGACACUUCAGCUAUACUGAGUGAUGAACAAACAAAGAAACCCUGCAGGAAGUUUCUCCAAAAAGGAUUUUGUGAUUUUGGUCCUAACUGCAGGUUUUCUCACAUGUCUGAAGAGGAUCUGUUUAAUUUAGAAAGACAGGCGGAAGAUGAAAGACGUCACAGAGAGGGCUCUGCAGACAGAUUGAUGCCUGGGCGGAGUAUAGAAGACUGGCUCUCCAGAAGGGAAAAGAAGCAAACUGCCCUCGGUAACAAAGGAGGUUCUGAAAUUAAGGAAGACUGCGAAGAGGGUCAAGAAGAAGAAAGUCACAUAGUUCAACAGCUCCUCUCCAUCCCAAACCUUCCACCCUCUCUUCUCCCUCCUCCUCCAGGUGGAUGGAAAGUCAAAGUGGACUCUGAAUGGGGUUGAAAGAUAUUCACUUUGUUGUUCAAAUUCCUGUGGACAUUGGUAGAUGGAGGACUUGUACAGAAUACAUUUGUUAUGUGUCAUGUUUAUAUUUGAAAGCUUGUUAGUUUAAAAUAAAGUUUUAUGUUGAUUCUUAAAAA